UGCAAUCAUCUUCAUUCUUAUUUUGUUUCCCAGGUCUUUAGAUCACCUCAGGUCUGAAAAGAAAAACAUGACUUCAAAUUUUCCUCGAGUGAUGAGUGUUAACUGCAUACAAGGCAAAUAUCCAAAGAUUCUUCUGGACUUGUGGGACAAAUAUCAUGAAGAAAGAGUGUCCCAGAAUGAUAGGCCUGAUAUAUAUCCUGGGAAGCAGUUCUACAUUGCCAUGGAGUUUGAGUAUGCAGGAGAAGAUUUGGAAUCCUUCUUCCUGGAGUCAGCCUGUCAAGGACUUUCUCUUCUGGCACAGGUGUCUGGAACUCUUGCUGUUGCUGAGAGUGUCCUUCAGUAUGAACACAGAGACUUGCAUUUGGGGAAUAUUCUGGUUGCCCCCAUUGAUAAUGAUUCUGUGGAAUUGAUCCUUGAAGGGAACUUAAUCCCCAUCCCCUCACAUGGAAUCAAGGCUACUGUGAUUGACUUUGGAUUGGCUAGGAUGUCAUUGCCUGGUGGAAAAAUUCUCUAUGUUGACUUCAAUUCUGAUCCGGCUCUCUUUGAGGGGAAAGGAGAUCUGCAGUUUGACAUCUAUCGCCUUAUGAAGGAACAAACAAAGUAA